UGGAACCAGAAGAAAAGAUAAUUAUAAGUCAUAUGAAAGUGGGUAUCAUUGCUCUGUAAAUACAUCCCAGAAUCAGAGUGUCAAGAGAGAAGGUUGCUAAGGAACUAACAAUAAAGUCAUGUGUGAUGCUGCUGUCUUCUUAUGACCAUCACCAGGGAGGUCAGGUAGGUUCCAAUUUUGAGUCUUAACUGGUGUGACUGGUGGAGGCAGGAAGAGGCACUAAAACUGACUUCAAUAUCCCAUAAACAGGAGAGAUAAAGCAUUUUCUACCCCCCCCCCCCCCCCCAUCAACCCUGUAGUCCAAACAAGUGUACAUCAGGUGACAAAAGGACGAAGCUUCAUUGUGAUGCCCCUGGUCCAUCAAGCUGCCAGCACUCACUGUCCAGGUGUACACAUGAAGGCCUGUGUCAACUGUAAGCCAACUAGCACCUGUGGCAAUGGAAAAGGAGCCGGAGCUGGAGCCAGCACCUGUGGAAGGCGAAGAGCAGCCAACAGCUGCUGAAGCAGAGAAAGAGGACCCAGCACCUGCAGAAGCAACAGAAGAGGUGGCAGCGCCUGAGGAAGCAAGAAAAGAGGAGCAAGCACCGGCAGAACAGGAGGCAGCACCGGCAGAACAGGAGGCAGCACCGGCAGAAACAGCAAAAGAAGAGCCAGCACCCGAAGAAGUAGCAAAAGAGGAGAAAUCGCCUGCAGAAUCACAAAAACAGGAAGUGGAACCGGAGGAAGCAGCGAAAACACCUGUGGAAAUACCGAAAGAGGAGGCAGUGCCUGAAGAAGCACCAAAAGAGGAGAAAGCACCCGAGGAAGCAGCAAAAGAGGAGAAAGCACCCGAGGAAGCAGCAAGAGAGGAGAAAGCACCCGAGGAAGCACCAAAAGAGGAGAAAGCACCCGAGGAAGCACCAAAAGAGGAGAAAGCACCCGAGGAAGCAGCAAAAGAGGAGAAAGCACCUGAGGAAGCAGCAAAAGAGGAGAAAGCACCCGAGGAAGCAGCAAAAGAGGAGAAAGCACCCGAGGAAGCAGCAAAAGAGGAGAAAGCACCCGAGGAAGCAGCAAAAGAGGAGAAAGCACCCGAGGAAGCAGCAAAAGAGGAGAAAGCACCCGAGGAAGCAGCAAAAGAGGAGAAAGCACCCGAGGAAGCAGCAAAAGAGGAAGAGGGGCAAACUUGUCCGAAACCAAAGCCACCAGAAGACAGCACUGGUGAGAAAGCAAAGCCAACAGAUGAGGGAAAAGAUGACAAAACAACAUCGGAAGGAGGCACCUGUGCCAAACCCAAACCAGAAGACAGCACUGGUGAGAAAGCAAAGCCAGCAGAUGAGGGAAAAGAUGACAAAACAACAUCGGAAGGAGGCACCUGUGCCAAACCCAAACCAGAAGACAGCACUGGUGAGAAAACAAAGCCAGUAGAUGAAGGAAAAGAUGAUAAAACAACAUCGGAAGGAGGUACCUGUGCAAAACCCAAACCAGAAGACAGCACAGAUCAAAAAGCAAAACCACCACAAGGUGGCUGUGCAAAAGCAGCAGAAGACAGCGCUGAUGCAAAACCAAAACCAGCAGAAGCAAGUACCUGUGGAAAACAACAACCAGAAGAGAGUACGACUGACAAAGGAAAACCAGCACAAGGUGCUUCCUGUGCUAAAGCGGAACCAGAGGUUGGUGGCUGUAAAUUCAAACCACCAGUAGAUCACUCCUCUAAAAAUGCUGAAUCGGCACCAGUCAGCUCCUCUAAAAGCAAAGAUGCACCAGUCAGUCCCUGUGCAAAACCAAAAGCAGCAGAACCCUGUGGCUGUAAAUUCAAAUCACCCACAGAAGACAGCGCCCCUAAAAGUUCUGAACCAGCUCCAGCCAAUUCCUCUGGAAAAUCAAAGCCAUCCAAAGGCUGGGGAUGUGAGCAGCGGAAUGAAGUCUGUGGUUGUGGACGGCCAAAACCAGCUGGAGCCAAAACCUGUGGAAGCCCACCCAAAGUAAUCUGUGGCUGUAAAGACUCAAAAUCAGGAGGCAAAACUUCUGGGAAAUCAAAACAAUAGGCAGCAGGACUGUCCUCCCAAUGAACUGGUAAAGUUGCAACCCAGGUUUUUUCUGAGAUAGACCUACAGCACAGAGCAAUCCCCAAUUUGAUAAUAUUAUUCAAAGAUUUAACUUCACUAAGGAUGAAUAACUGCUAUGAACACAUGAGACAUGUUUGCAACAUGAAGCGAGGUUAACACAGAGCAGAGAUUCCAAUCUGCAUUUAACAGCUGAGCUGAGAGUACUUGAUGCUGAUACAGCCACAAAAAUGUUCCUUUCCCCAAACUCUGGAAGCAGAAGAAACUUCUUACCAACUCACCAGAACCAUAAGCCCACCAAACAUCAAUGAAGAAUAUCCAUGGAUUAAUGGCAGAGGGUGCAGAAUGUUUUAACGUUAAUGUUUUUAAGAGAACAGUGCAGUAAGUGGAGAGAAUUGCAUCUAAAUACCUAAGCACAUGAGGUAUAUCCUGCAUUCGGGUAUCUACUGUAACUAGAGGUGUGGUGGAGGGUAGUAGUGGAAUAUCAUGAGUUAGACCCUGGAACAGCUACCAGUCUCACCACUAGAACCCACACGUCUCCCUUUAUUGGAUUUCGCAUUACUUGAUCUUAUCAGUAACACAAAUCUUCCUCAAUGCUUCAACAAUAUAGUAACUUAAAAAGAAUCAAUCUCACACUGCUUCAUAGAUUGUUUUCUCACUGGAAGAACUGAACUUGGUCAAAUUUAACUGGUAUCUAAGGUAACCAUGGAAAAAUGAUAUUCAGUAUGAAGGGAAAGCACCACCAUGAGGGUAAACAGCCUGCCAGCUUGUUUCAGCUCCCACACAUCCCAUUCAUUAUUCAAUUAGUUUGCUUUGAUUGUAAUUGCAAUACUCAUCUGAUGGAACAGUGAACUUUCUCCCCUACUCUAGCAUUACCCAAGUAGUCACUGGUUAGAUAUGGGGCACUUGAAUGCAAAAUAAUAGAGGAAUUGAGGAACAGGAGCAGGCCAAUAAACCCUUUGAGCUUAUUCUGCCACUCAAUGAAAUCCUGGUUCAUAUGCAUCCUCACAUCAUCCACCUGUACUGGCUCCAUAUGCUUUAAGAUCCUUGCAAAUUAAGACUUCUUCAGCAACUGCCUGAGUCCCAACCUUCCCAUCACGUGUGACAUUUCCCUCUAUUGACAGCAGCACCAUUCCAAAUUGGAUUGUCCACGGUGCAUCUGGAUCAUGUGGAGGGCUUUUAGAUGUAAAGUUCCCUCUUCUCUGCAUCAAACUUUCUGCUCAAACUAGUUCCAAAUUAAGAUUAUUCAACCCAUUCCUGUUGAAUACUAGUGUCUCAUUAUAACACCUAGAUACUUAAAUUAGCCUCAAAUGCCCAGCCUCAACAAAUCCCUAUGUCAAAAAAAUGCAUCAGUGUCACUUUUCUACCCUCAGUGGCAUCAGUGGAAAGAGACCUUAAUAAAACAUAAAGGAACCUUAUUAGCACACGUGCAAAAUAAGCAACAGCAGAAUAUGUUUGGUCGAUCAUAAUUCUAGAGUUUCUUCCAUGCUUCUUGGCACUAUUCCACCUCUUCAGGAUGUCAGGAUCAAGACCAUUGUUGCUAACUGUGAUUAUGUUUGAAGAGUGUGAUUGCUAAUGAUGUUGCAUGGUAACGACUUCACAGAAAGUGGUCAUUCCAAAUACAACCUUGAAUAUGUCAAUAAAGAAAUGAGUUUUG